CCAGCAUUUCGAUCAAAUGUUAGGCAGCGACCACCGACAAACAAUCGCGGCGGUAUCGCGGCUUGCUGCGUACAUGGGCCGUACGGGCAAAGGCAUCAACCACAUCUUUAAAGGUGCAGCCUCGUCUGAGCUACAGAAUCUGGACUCCAGCGGUGAUGGAAGGCUCUCGCACCAAGAGCUGGAACGGGCGCUCGUGGAGCUGGACAUCAAUAUCACGACGGUACAAGCCCACGCUCUUGUGACCUUCAUGGGUGAGAACAACGAUGGGGGAGCUGGACGGGAAGCUGGACAGGAAGCUGGCAGCCAUAUCAUAAGGGGAAUUCCUCGAAGCACUUUGCUUUAUUUGCACCUCGUAACGUGGCACGUGAAAAACACGGCCCUACACAGCGGCAUCUACGUCAAGCUUUCGUCUCCUUUGCGUGUGUCCCCAGACAACGACGGAGAUGGUGAGAUCGACGUUAAGGAGUUAGAUAGCACAAUCAGGCUGUACAAGCGCCGAAAGCGAGCGGGCGAGCUGAGCACCUGGCGCGGCAACCUCGACGCCCAACAAGACCCGGUGUUCCCCAAUUGGCUGAUCGGCAGGGACGAUUUUCAGCAAGUGUUUUCCAGGCAAGCAAAAAACAACGAAUCCACCCGCGGUGACAGGUCGAAUGAACACACCACAUGGGGUGCCGUCGAAUCGUCUUUCGCCUUUUCACGAGGACCGUGGCGGCCGAUCAACAUUGAGUUUUCGGAGGAGGAUGGGGCCUACGGGGUACCAGAAAUAAAAAAAGCUCUCCAGAAACAACCCGAAGAACGACUCCACCGCGAUGUGCAGGCUAUUACCGGCUGGCUGGGGCAGCAGGAUUCGUUGCGUUCUUUGGGGGCGAAACGGCUAAUGGAAGUGACCAACGUGGUGGAGUGUCAAGAGCUUCGGCCCGAGGAGAAGCUUUUCUCGGAAGGGGACGAAUCCGAGGCAUUCUACAUGAUACUGGACGGGCACGUCGUGGUUCUUGUGAAACAAUGCCCUGUGGCCGUUCUAGGGCCGGGGGAGACGUUUGGAGAGCUAGGUCUGCAGAAUCUUGAGAAACGGACCGCGACCGUAAAGGCCGAUCCAUCGGGAGCUUUGCUAGUCAGGAUGCGUACCAGCGACUAUCGACAUAUUCUUUCAAAAUACCUGAUGGACAAGAUGCAAAUGAAGAUCAACCUUCUCCAAGACACGUUCGAGCUGGCUAAGAACUGGUCUCACUCCAAGAUCAGGGCGUUUGCGUACUGCAUGGCGCACCACAGCCACGCGAAGGGGGAAUACAUCUACCGGCAGGGCGAUCCUGCACACAACCUCUACAUCGUGUUCAGUGGAAAAGUGAGAAAAUGCUGA